CAGUAGGCCAUAUCCUUCGUUUUCUCGCUCUCUUUUGGGUUUUCCUUGUAGCAGCACAAUCAUUCUCCUUUGGAUUGGCAAAAGAAUCCGAAGGAGUAGACCUCAGAACCAACCAACCUCAUUAUACCCAUAACCCACUGAUUUUCUUUUUACCCAGAAAAAGAAAAGAAAAAAAAAGGAAAAUUGCCCAAUUUCAGAAAUUCCCAUUUGCUUCUCAUCUCUGAUCGGAAUAAAAAAAAUAUGGGUGAAUUGGUGGUUGAAGUCUGUGCGUCCCCAACUGCGGUUGAUGCUGGUUCGGCACCAUCGUCAACAUCAAUUUCUGCACCACCACCUCCUCCGCCGCCACCAACCCAACAUCGAAGACCCAGAGUCAGAGAGGUCAGCUCCAGAUUCAUGUCUCCGCUGAUCUCUUCUUCUUCUUCUUCUUCUGAUCUUCCCCAUCUCUUGCCUUCCAAAUCCCCAAUUCCCAAACAACACCACACUGUCUCAGUUCAAUCCCCAAAUCUUUUGGAAAAUCAAUCCAGGCAGCAGCAGCGUUCCACUUCCUUGCAAAGGCGACGAAGACAGCUCGACAUGGAAAACUUACCCUCCUCCGACGAGAACAGUAGGCCUUCCGGCACCGACCACCCUCCUCUUCCGAUUCAGUCCUCGGAAACCCCUUUUCACUUGGAGCAGAUCCAGUCCACCCUCACCCUUAGGAAACAGCGUUCUGCUAAGCUUUUGAAAGAGAAUGGAGUUGGAAGACAACAAACCCACCAGCAGAAUUCAUUGAAAACAACCUGCCCGGGAAGAGGAGGUGCUAACAAUUUCGCAACGCCUUCAAGGCCCGACACACCCAUGGUUACUGCUAGUAUGGAUAGGACAACGAUGACGUCUUCGUCGUCGAGAUUCAGGCUGAUGCAGCAGCGUACUUCUACCAACAUGACGAACUCAGCGGCUGCUAAGCUCUUGCAGUCGAGCGUCACGUCGUUGCCUUCUCAACCGACCACCAGCAACCAUCCCACUUCUUCCACUACCCAAGAUGAUGGACCCCAGGAGAACCAGGUAUCUGAUCUAGUAGGCUGCACUUCUCGGUCCCUCUCGGAUUUUCGAACUUCUUCCAUGCCUGAGGCAAAUAUGGUGAUUGUCGUUCCCAGUAGAUAUCGGUCUGACAAAACUCUCAAUAGAGCUGGUGGUAAUGGUAAUGCCACUUGCUCUCGUUCUCUGAAUUUGCCGUCUUCGUCGCCAUCGAGUUCCGAUACCUCGCCGUUUCAAUCAAUAGACGGAAGUGAAAAAUUGACAUCUGCUGUCAUGAAGCAACAAGCAAACUCUGCCAAGAUGGGGGGUAUAUGUCUGCCUCCAGUCCCUCCAUGUGCAGGUGCGAAGAUGGGGACAGAUACAAGGAAGGCUAAGAAAGUUUCUAGCCAUCAGGAAGAUGUGCAUUCCUUGAGAUUGUUUCACAACCGCUAUAUACAAUGGAGAUAUGCUAAUGCCAGAGCACAGGUUUCAAUGCAAGCUCAGCAGAGAGAAACAGAGAAAAAACUUUGUUCUCUUGGGGUAAAGAUAUCAGAGCUAUAUGAUUCUGUGGUAAGGAAACGGAUAGAACUUGGGAUUUUGCAAAGAACAAAGACUCUAUCAGCCAUUCUUGAGGCUCAAAUUCCAUACUUGGACAAGUGGUCUGCUUUUGAAGGGGAUUAUUCAAUCUCUCUGGCUGAAACAGUUCAAGCUUUGUCUAAUGCCUCUCUUCAAAUUCCAAUCAGCGGGAAUGUUAAGGUUGAUAUAAAAGAGGUAGAGGAGGCACUGAACUCAGCAGCAAAGGUGAUGGAGAUGAUAGUUGGCCAUGUUCAACACUACAUACCCAAGGGUGAAGAAAUGGAAAACUUAAUUACAGAAGUAGCAAGAAUAGUAGGUGGAGAAAAGGCCUUUAUCGAAGAAUGUGGAGAUCUUUUAGCUAAAACAUAUACAUCCCAGGUUGAAGAGUGCAGCUUAAGGGGUCACUUAAUCCAAUUACAUUGUAGACGUAGCAACGAAUAAUUUACCAUCACAAUUUCAUAUGGAGUGUACAUACGCAGAUUCAAAAACACUGCAAUCUCUCUCUUGCAUUCCUCUUGAUUCCACGGCUCACAGCUUACAGGAAGCAACUUCGGUCUCUGUUUGAUUUUUUUUUUCUUUAAUUUUUUAUUUUAUAUUUCUUAUGCACAUAGGGAAAUAAGUGAUGAAUUUAUGCUAAGUGGAAUAUGUUCGAUUUUGAUUUGUGAAUUGUGACUUGUGAAACUUGAUAUAUGGUAUGUGAUCUGUGAAACCUGAUUGAAAAUUGAGCCGAAUUCAAUUAGUUGAGUUAUAUAAUCAGCUAAAAAUCAAGUUCAUCUCUAAGUUGUUUAAAUUCGGCUAACAUAAUAGUCAAGGCAAUAAUAGUUGGUGAUUUAGUGACGACGGUGUUCUUGUGGCAUCACCAAGAUAGCAACUAGUUUGAAAUGAUUAGAAACA